CGACGACCUGUUACCAACAAAGCCCCAACUUCGACUAGGGAACCAAUUUCAGCGAAAGAUAUACAAUCAAGUACUCCCUGCGAUCUAUCUACCCUUUAUUUCUCACCGAUACCACCCUUAAUACCGGUCCUGACAGCUACCUGCCAUCUCCUCGCCAAGGUCAUCGCACACGCAAGACCUUUGCGCCUUGCGCUCAGCCUGUCAACAACAGACGAUAGCCGUGCUUGAAGGCCUUGUCCUAAUUUUAGGGUCUAGCUCUGUUCCUCUAAUUCACCUUAAUCUACCGCAAUCUACGUCCAUCGGCAAGACCUCAAGCUUGCGUUCCCUCUUGACCUCUCUCCGAUCUAUCGCACUGUCAAGUUCACAAACUCUACCACGUCCGCACAGUUCAAGCAGCUCAUGAGUCUUCGGCACCACGCAAGGCAGACUCUAUCGUGCCAACAAUCAUGGCGAUAAGAUACACUCCGGAAGAGCUGAAACACCUUCGAGAUUCGCCGUUGGUUGUGAAGCCUCCAGGCCUUCCUCCCGUAGAGCAAUGGAUGGGACCACCUACAGACACAACUCGUAACGCGACCAAACCAACUACUGACAGAGCAAAGAAUCAUGACUCUAACGCUCUUCUAGAUCAGCCAAGCAGACGUCCUGGUGCUGAGCGUCAUAUGUCACGAAACAGUGCCAAUCCAGAAGACAUCAUCCUCGGACCCCCCAAGACCUCCUUUAUGUCAGCUACCUCUAUUCGAAAUUCUGGCAAAACAUUCGACUCUUUAGACCGGUCAGCACUCGCACGCGAUGCUGAUUCCAGAGAUCGAUAUAACUUCAGAGGCAAGCCUAGCGAAGGAGACGCUGAGAAGGCUCGAGAAGGUAGAAAUAAUACCUUGCGUCCAAAACGAGCUGAGGAUCAAGACAGUGAUGGGUGGAGCACUGUCAAACCCAGAAAGAGCUUUGGUACUGAGGGCGCCGAGCGUUUUAAUGGUCGCAUGGGAGUUGAUAGACAUAGGGAUGACCGAAGGUUCAAGGACCGGGAAGAGCGCGAUUUGAAGGACAGGCCGAGAGGUUUUGAGACAUUCUCCCGAGACAAGGAUGGAGACCAGGACCAGGACAGAGAUGCCCGACGCAAUGGCACAGGCCGUGGCCGGAACGAGCCAUCAUGGUUCAAGGACAGAGAGAACACGGAUGGUCCUCCAGGCCCGAGAGAUCGCAACAGCAACGGCGAUAGAUUUUCUGACCGCAAGGGGGGAUGGAGAGACAAGGAGCGCGAUGAUAGGGGUGACAGGGGUGAUCGUGGUGACAGAAGAUGGGAUAGAGAUAGAGACCAACGGCAAGAGCGCGAGCCAGAAUGGAUGGAUGAGCCAGCCGAGGACAAACCCCAAAGUCACACCCAAGAAGACUUUCAGAAGUGGAGGGAGCAGCAGCACAAAAGGGACAACGCCGGCAAGACACCUGCCGAGGAUAUAGCCAAGCCAGAUGCCGGUGCUUCUUUCUUCGGGCUUGACAAGAAGGUUGAAACGCCCUUGGAAAUCUUAGAAACGGGGCCCGACAAGUUCCUGAGCAAGUGGGGGGCACCAAAGGAGGAGGCUGGUCAAGAUCUGGGAUCAGAGUCGCUGGAAGGUACUGCACGGUCUAAGACUAUGGGGAAAUCCUCUAGAUUUACAUCUUUCUUCGCUCCCAAAGAAGAUCCACCGCGCCGACAGACGGAGCCUCCAACUCCGAUGCCGCAACCACAAGGGGGCCCCGGUGCAUUAUUUGGAGGUAUGCAGAACAACCAAAACAACCCGCCGGAUAGGGACGAAAAGAAAGCUUUCCAGGAGCUGCUGUUGAAAUUACACUCCACCCAGCCCUCCAACUCAGGUUCAACACCCCCUGCAAACAUAUCACAGCAGCCCAAACCAACAGUCCUGGAAAUGCAGCCAAGCAACCCUAUUAUCUCUCCAGAGCCGUUUCAGCAAUAUCGGACGGCACGCCAAGAUGAUAAUCGAUCAGCUACUCGCAAUUCAGGACAAAACCUCCAUGAGUUGUUAGCUCAGCGCCAGAUAGCUGGUAGCCAGCCGACCAUUCGACCGGAUCAAAUGGUACAAGAUUUAAUUGGACAACGUCAGAAUGCGGCCAGUCAAGCUUCAUCUCGACCUGAUCAACCACCCAGUCGCAAUGCCAAUGCAGAAUUCCUCAUGGGUCUCAUGAAUGAUGUCAAGCUUGCUCCCGAACCUCAAAGAACAGAGCAAGUCCUCUUGAGAAUGCCUCACAAGCCGUCAGUCGAUCGCCAAAUGCAACAACAAAUGAUUGAGCGAGAACAAGACAUGCAAAGAGAAGCGGCUCAACGAGAGCGCAGUGCUUCGCAGCGCCGACCCCAGCCUCCACCUGGCUUCUUCGAUGAAGCUGCCUACCAACGUGGUCCAUUGCACGAAAGACAAGGUGGCAAUCCUCCUCAGCCAACACAGAUCCUUCAGCGACCGACCGGACCACCUCCAGGUCUGGACCUGGGUUGGGAUCGCCAAGGUCAACUCCCACCUCAACACCGUCUUGCUCAGAACAUCGCCCCUCCUCCGGGCUUGGCAAACGGCCCGAAUCGUGGCAUGCCCAUGCCUCAACAAAUGUUCCCUCCAAUCCCGAUGGGCAAUUUCCCACCCCAAGAUGUCAUGUCUGGACCUCCACGUAACGUGCAAAUGCAACCACCUCCAGGAUUCUACAAUGCUGGUCCGCCAGGAUUUCCACAAGGAUUUAUGCCGCCGGGAAUGUUUCCAGGACCCGAAGGUAUGGCGUUUGGUGCACCGUUUGAUGGAAGAGGACCGCCUCCUCAGGGUGCUUUCAGAAGACAAUAGAGGCAGGAUAUCAUGAUAGUGUUUGUGUAACCAUACGAUAUUAAAUCACGGCAAUGGGCGACUGCUUAAGUAGGCGAGCGAUGAAUUACAUGUAUCCCUGCCAUACUAAUUCUCCAGAGCUAUGAACGUG